GUGUCGAGAUUCAAGCGGACGUUUUCACAGGUUGAUCUGUUGGGGAGAAAGCAAAAGUAGCCUACAUGAUUGUUGUCGAUAGGUUGCUUCAACAGACACGGCCUAACAUUGGAAGGAGGAAUAGGCGGCGCCUGCCAAUUCCUGGAAAAAUACAGAGCUCCAACCAGAAUGAGACAUUUACAGUUGUGCAGGUUGGGGUAUAUUCGCCGAGGUUGACGCUCAGACUUUGGCUGCAAGCAGCGUGUGGAAAGGGUUGUGUCAAUCAGCGAGGACCGUCUGUCCUGCAUUUUGUGACAGAUAGCCAAUAUAAUCUUAUAUUUAAAUCGGCGCUCAUAUGUCAGUGCGCCCACAGUAACCUCUUCGCCAGACCAGACCAGACAGCAUGGGGGUCAACGGGCUAGACAACCAGGCGCAGCCGUCCAGCGGAGUGUCCCGGGCGGAGGACACAGCUGCGGAUCCUCAGACGGAGAAAAGUGUUGCUCCUCGAGAAGCAGACUGCAGGAAGGAUGACCAGAUCGUGCAGGAGGACAGCUCCCUGCGGUUGCUGGAGGCCGGCUGCAAACCGCCCCUCUCCCCGGCUUGUGACUCCGAGUCGGUGGUCCGGGUGGAGGAGCCCGGCGACGGAGCCGCGUUCGUCCCACCCGAAGGAGGUUACGGCUGGCUGGUGGUUUUCGCGGCCACCUGGUGCAACGGGUCGAUCUUCGGCAUUCAAAACUCUUUCGGCAUCCUUCACAUGAUGCUGAUGAAGGAGCACGCAGACCCAGACGACAAGACGUCCCAGUUCAAAGUGGCAUGGGUCGGGGCCCUGGCCAUGGGCAUGAUCUUCUUCUGUUCACCUGUGGUCAGCAUGUUCACAGACCACUUCGGCUGUAGGAAGACAGCUGUCAGCGGGGCAUUGCUGGCUUUUAUAGGACUGCUCAGUACAUCCUUUGCAAACUCCCUGAGCCUUCGCUAUUUCACAUAUGGCAUACUGUUCGGCUGUGGCUCAUCCUUCGCCUUCCAGCCCUCGUUGGUCAUCCUCGGUCACUACUUCCGCCAGCGCCUAGGCCUGGCCAACGGCGUGGUGACGGCCGGUGCAAGCCUCUUCUCCAUGGGCCUCCCGGUUUUGCUCAACAAGGUGGGGGAACCUCUGGGCCUCAGCAGGACCUUCCAGAUUCUCAGCCUCUUCAUGUUGGUCCAGGCCCUGCUGGCGCUGCUGUUCAAACCUUUACUGCCUGCUGGAGGAGGCAUGGGACCCCCAGGCAUGGGUCCUGGCCCUGCCAAACCCCAAACCCAGCCAGGGGCCACCGCCCAGGAGGGGAGCAGGUGGAGCAGGGUUCUGGGUGAGGUCAGGAAGUACUUCAACCUGCGUGUGUUCCACAUCUUGACAUACCGACUGUGGGCGUUUGGAGUUGCAACAGCUGUACUGGGAUACUUUGUGCCGUAUGUUCAUCUGAUUAACUUUGUGAAGGAGCAGUUCAAGGGGACCCAGAAGGAAUGGGUACUACUUGUAUGCAUAGGAGCAUCAUCUGGGGUGGGACGCCUCGCCUUCGGCAAAAUCGGAGACCUCAUUACCGGCGUUCAAAAGAUCUACAUGCAGGUGGUGUCCUUCAUGGCUCUGGGCCUGAUGUCCAUCUUGAUCCCUCAGUGCUUGGUGUUCGAGUGGCUGGUGGUUGUGUGCGUAUUCUUGGGGCUGUGUGAUGGCUGCUUCCUCACCAUGAUGGCUCCCAUAGCCUUUGAGCUGGUGGGGCCGAUGCAGGCGUCGCAGGCUAUCGGCUACCUUCUUGGCCUUAUGUCUCUUCCCAUGACUGCGGGGCCACCCAUUGCUGGUCUCCUCCACGAUUACUUUGGGAACUACACGGUGGCCUUCUCCCUGGCUGGGGUGCCUCCUAUAGUGGGGGGCGUGGUGCUGUUCUUUGUGCCACUGAUACACCGCAGGCUCCAGGCAGCGGCAUCAUCGGAGGAGACGUCCACGACCGCCCACAUGCUGCCAAGCGCAACACCAGCGGGGGAGCACAAGAGCUGCUCCAAUGGAGACCUACUGCCGGGCUACACCGACAUAGAGACACACAUCUGAGUCGCACUGUACAAAGGGAUUCAGCCCACCAGCACCUUUAAUCAUCCUUAGAUUUCCCUUCUCUCAACCAUGGACUUCCGGUCGGCUGACGUCUCACCCUCUCACCCUCCUGGACUCUUAUGGGCUGUUUGUUAUUUUCAUGUGAAGAGAAAUCGAAAAAGGGCGCUCUGGCUACCAGCGACAGAGAGGAUGGAAAGAAGGCACAUCAGCGAAGGAUGAUGGGAAUGUAUGAAGGAGGAUAAGCACAACACAGUCUCAACUAGGGUUGUUUAAUCUGUGGAGACUCUGUAGUAUCACAUACCUCCAAGAGGAAAGAAAUGAUGACAUUUUAACUGACUGAUUUUAAAAAUUUCAUAUCAUGCUGCUUUGGCUUUUAGAAGCUCUAAAAAAAUUAAAAAAAACUUUGUUUCUAGAUUCCAAAGAACACAUUAAGAUAACAGGCAUAUACAAAAGGAAUUAGUGAGGUGAUAAAUUCAUGCUAUCUUUAUGUAGUUCCUCAUGCGUCUACUUUUUUUUAACAAUACAUUUUAUUUAGUAAUCCAGUCUUAUUUAGUCCACUGUAGCUGAACCACAAUUUGAUUUUGAGGGAUUUGCUUUAUUCUAUUCCACUGCGACGAGAGAAAAACAUACACCACAAUCACCUCAACUGAACCGACUACUGUUAUCACACCCAGGGCCCAAAAUACUUCAUCAUUUUUAAAAACUGCUCCAAAAGCCUGCCUGUGUGGACCACAGUUGUGUUUGUGGCAGCUGUUGAUUCCCGCUGAUUCAUAUGCCAUGAACCCUAGAGUGUUAGAGUUUUUACACGGUUGGAAUUUUGGUCAAUGACUCUGCAGCUCGUGGCAGGUUAUCUUAUGCAAUCCGAAGAAGUGAGACAUGAGAGCUGUGCAUCUGCUGCCUUAAUUCAUGAAACACUACAGGUGAUGCAAGGUCUUUUUACGAGUCUUUACAGCCUCAACCCUCAGCGUUGGUUUUUCCCAUCAUCACACUAGUUAUUAUUGGCCUUGAAUAGUUUAAAUAGGGCGCUAGAUAAAUCUGCAGUAACUGUAUUUCGUACGGCUUUGAAAAAUACUUCACAUACGUUUUUUUGUAGUGUGAACACUACAAGUGGAAGGAGUUGGAAUCAUGCAGUGUUCGCUGUUGGUAGCAUCGGAUUUCUUUCAACUUCCGAUUCGUGUCGAUUUAUUCUGAAUGCCUGUGUGUGUGCAUCUGCAUUUAUAAUAGCAGAGGCAGUUACUACGUUACGAUCUGUUAAUAAGAGCGGGUGAUUGAGAUUAAAGCUGCCAAAUGGCCUGAGCCCUUAUUAGGCCAUCUCACAGAUAAGCCAAUCAAUGUGCUGCUUUAAGUUUAGCUUUGUGUCAUGAGGCCGUCACUCACUGCGUUGGCAGUCAUAAAAUAAAAGGUCACAGCCUCAUUGAGAUAUUCCUUCAAGAGGACAGUUUGCAGUUAUUAUGCUUCUUAAACAUUUGGACCACUUACCUCUGCACUCUUAGAUUACAAGUUCUCUUGAACCAUGCAUUUUAAUGAAAAGAUGUGAAGUAGAGCUGCUGUUUGAGUUACAAUGUGGUUAUACGCAUAACUGAGUGGCAGAGAGGAAUUAGUACACAGUAAGGAAGGAAGUGCCCCGCUGAUCAGGUGGUAGCCUAUUACUUUUUGUCAAUUCCCAGCUUUGCUGUCACUGCCAGCACCAAGUCAGCUUCUGUGUUACAACACUUUAGAGCCCAAAAGCUACACAAACCUCAUUACUGAGUAGUUUUUUGGGAGUAAUGCUAUUAGACAAACAGUUCUGAAUCGGAAACAUACAUCUAUACCUCAGCAAUCAAACAAUCCUCAGCAAUCCAGAUGAACAAGUUCUUCAUUACUUUAUUAUUUCUCUCUUCUGUGUUAUGGUUUUUGUUGUUGGAAUUUAAUUCAGAGCCACAAAGCCGCCCAACACCUGUUUUAAAUCACCAUGGCUUCCUCUAAAACCUCAUUAGUGUCUCUUUAGGAACCACCAAACUGUGGAAAUGUCAAACUUCCAUUCCCUAUAAUCGAAUACUUGGUGCGUAACCCAUUUUGAUAUUUAUCCUUCCAUUUUAUUUUGCCUUCAUAUCCACUUGCUCCUUUGUUCUUGCUCCUCACCAUUCCUGCUCUCUCUCACCUCUACCUCCACAGCAUUCUCUUAUAUUUAUCACAUCCUCAUAUCUCUGUUUGUGUUUGAAGAAAUGCAGUUACAUUACUGUCUAAUAUCCUUAACUUAAGUUAAAGAGACACUCAACCGUCAGCAGUGGAGAACCAUAUAAUGGUUGAAGCAUGUUUGAAAGCAAAAAAUAGGCCUCUAGUUUGACGGAGGUUGUGUUACAUUUGAUCGGCAGUGCAAGUCGCAGCUGACGCUAGCAGACGAAAGCAAAAGGCAGCGGUACUUUUAAAAAGUGCCGCUGCCUGAAAUGUCUUCGUACCUGUGAUGUAAGGUAACUAGCAUCAUAAAUUUAGGUUCAUCAGCCUCCUGACAAAUCUAAUCCCAGGAAUAAGGACACCGUCUACUCUUACUGGCUAAUUCUUUUUUCUUGAAGCGUUGUAUUUAACCAAAUCAAUAUGCCUGAUAAAUUGUGAUUAACUAAGACAUUUAUUUAAUUUCUCAUUACAGUUGUGUGUUAUGAAGGUUGCGAGAGAUUCUCUUUAUAUAAUCUAAAAAUAACGAAACCUUAUUGGCUCUACAAUGUGGACAGCAUUCACCCACAAUACACAGAUGAUGUAUUUUUUCGGAAAUUAAAUAGAGGCAACAUUUGAUGAAUCACUUCAUAUUUUCACUUUAAAUUCUGUUACUUCUCCACUGAAGAAAACACUGGCCACUUACUGAGAAUUUGCACUGAUUUACUGCUUUCAAACUAGGGGCCUGUUUCCCUUCAGGCCGAUCUGGCAAAUGAACGAGGGCAUGGACCCUACAACAGAGGACUUCCCCUCAUGUGGCCAUAUUCAAGGACCUGAUUGUGUUCCUAUGCACAAAAUAUAUCCGUCUCAACAACAUUGAAUACAAUGUUGUUUUACUGUGAAUUCAUGUUUUUUUCUCAAUUUACUUGUCAAAUAUGUUGUCAGCUUAUACUUAACAUCAAUGUUUUUAUUUUUAUUGAGACGAAGACUAGAAGAAAGACUUUUGAUCAGAGUUGCUAGAUUUGAGAUUAUAAAGUGAAUUUUCCAUAUUUUAACGUGACUUUUGACUCAUUAUUUUACUUUUUUAAUUCUGUCUUUUCUUAAUGACUUGUCAGACUCAGAACCACCAGUGUGCUCCUUUUUAUUAGUAGUAUGUUAGAGAAAACUGACAUGUUUGUACGAAGAUAUGUACUUUAUACUAAACACUUUGUCAUGGUCUUUAAAUAACCAGAAAUGUUUCUAUUGUUUUUAAUAACUGACUUGUAUUUGUUGGGCUUUUUAAUGAUACACUUCAGUGACUACUGGAAACCGUAGUUUUCAAAUGAAAUACCACAGUGAAGGAGCUUAACAGAUGAGGAAUGAUGCAGUGCAUCUGGUUGGUUGCACGCCAUCUGUGGAACCGGUGCUGAGCUUCACUCGCAGCCGACAUCCGGUGACCGCUUCCUUUUCUGUCAUCACGUCAAACUCUAAACGAUGAAUUUGAUCACCUGUAUCCUACAGAAGCUCCAGGACCGACUAAACCUAUAUGGUAGAGCUCUUUUACUAAACUGCAAUGUCCUCCCGACACACGCCUUACCUUUUUAUAUUAAUACAUAUUUCUGGCUUAGUUAUUCUACUUCAUUUAACAAUAUCUGACAUUAAAGCAUGCUGCUAGAAUCAUUAAGGUAAUUGUUGGUGUUUAAAAAAAAAAAGUUAUUUUGAAUCUGUAUCAAAGGAGGCACAUUUUUCUAUUAAACCAACAAUAAAGAUGUAAUAUGAAAACAA